AAGUUUGGCGCUCGUGUUGUGAAGAAGUACGAAGAACAAACAGCGAAAGCAGCAAAACACACGGAGUAUAUAUGUGCAGUAUUGUGAUAAUGGUGUUCUUUGCAAUAUUAGGAGGUUACGUCCUCACAUCAGUUUUCUUUUUCAAAUAUCCGAAUUUGAUACACAAAAGAAAACAACUAAAAUUUAAAUGUCGCCAUAUAAGUCACCGCGGUGGUGAGUCAUGGUUAUAAACAUAAAUGUAAAUACUGCAAAACAUGACAUGUAUUACGCCAAAGCAUCUCAGGAUUGCAGCAUUAAGAGAGUUAGUGAUGAGCUGGAGAAAACUAUGAAAAUACCAUGACAGCAUUUCAGCGUGCUCUAGCGCUUGGGACAGAUAUGUUGGAACUUGACUGCCAUCUAACAAGGGAUGGGCGUGUUGUUGUUUCCCAUGAUCACAAUCUAAUGAGGAGUACUGGUUUAGACUGUGACAUUUCGCAACUUGACUAUCAAGAUAUGCCUCUUCUAAAGCCUGAACUUCCUCUUGACUUUGAUCCUGGCAAAACGUUCAUUGGUUCAGGAAAACCAGAAGAACGAAGAUUCACCCUGCUGGAAGAUGUGUUUAAAAAUUUCCCAAAGGUUCCCAUCAACAUUGAUAUUAAAGUUGAUAAUGACUUACUAAUUAAGGAAGUUUCCAAACUUAUUACCAAAUAUAACCGUGAAGAAUAUACAGUGUGGGGAAAUUUCAAUGACAUUGUUACCAGAAAGUGUUAUGCUGAAAACCCACGUGUCAAUUUGCUCUUUUCCAUGAGGCAAGUAGUGUAUCUUGUGCUUCUAAUGUACUCAGGACUCCUGCCAUUUGUUCCAUUAAAAGAAACACACCUGGAAGUGUUCUUGCCAUCCAUUUAUAUAAGCAGGAGAAAAACAAGUCCAAAUGCAGCCUUUCUUCCAUUUCACUCAUUUCUGGCAAGAACAGUGGACUACCUACUAAUGAAGAAAUCACUUUUUGAACAUUUGAGUAAAAGAGGUAUCCAGACAUAUUUAUGGGUGCUAAAUGAUGAUGAUGAGUUCAGAAAAGCUUUUGAGCUGGGAGCAACAGGAGUAAUGACAGACUAUCCUUCCAGACUUAAAAGAUUUCUUAUGGAGAAUCCACAGUAUCAAUGAUGACAUUAGAAAAUGGUAAUAGUGGAGUUUAAUUCUGCUGUUACUGGUUUAAUCAGCUUUUACUGAUGAUAUAUGAUAUGUAACAUGUUCUUUCCAAACUAGAAAAUUGAUGUCAGUCAUUUUACUUGCCAAAACAGUUGCUGGAAGGAAUAUAUAUUGUAUAGGAAUAUAUUAUAAGGAAAGUAUAUUUUGCAGUCAUAUUGCCAUGAUUUGUUUUCAUGGUUAAAGGUUUUAUAUAUUAGGAUAUUUUGUAAGAUGAAUUGUUUCUUGUGGUAAGCAUCUCUGAUCUCAACCAGCACAUAUGUGAUGUGUUUUGCAUUUUGAAAAUUAUAUACACAUUCCAGCAGCUAAGGACAAAUUACUCAUUGAUGUGAAAAUGUAUGUGAUUUCCUGGAAAAUUUGUAUGUACCAUUGCUUAUUAUCCUGUUUGAUGUUAUCAGUGGGAUCAGUCUUGUUUGUAUAAUGUUCUGAAUUUCUUUUACCAUUUUUGCUUGCUAAAAUUUUCUGUUGUGAAUACUGCCUUAUCAUUAAUAUGCAUAUGAUGGUCCAUAUUAGGGCCUUAUCAUAAAAUGGAUCCUUUGUGAGGAUAAUGCAGCAGUAGCCUGUCAGUGUGGACAUACAUAACUAGAGAUGAAAGUAGUCACAGACAAUAAAGUGUUCUUUAAUUUCCAUUGUUCAUUUGCAAGGUCCUGAACUUUAUUUAAAAUGGGAAGCAUUGGGAGUUGAUUCUGUUCAGAAUUUCUGGGAUUACAUGAAGAAAAAGUGUAUUCUCCGACCAGUUUACGUAGAAGAAACUGUUACUGAGUUUAUUGAGAAGCUAUGUUAGUGGUUGUCUGAGCAGGAGCAAUAUUUUUUCUUUUCUCUCUUUUUCAUUUUAUUUUAUUUUACUCUACUUAUUUAUUUAUUUGUUCUUUAUGGUGUAUUUCAACAACUGUAAAAUCAAAUUAUUUGACGUAUUAUGUUUUCUACUAAUUCUAGUUAGAAAAAAAUUGUUUAUCCAGGUUUUCAGUAAGGUUUUGACUGAUUCCUGGUUUUAGUGGUCGUAGCUGGUCUGCGGCAAGCCGUGGUUGCGUCGUCUGUACCUGUGAACUCCAACGAAGCAUGGGUGUUUGGCUCGCCGCAGACCAGCUACGGCCACCGGACCCUCGGAUCAAUAGCUAAGUGCAGAGUUCAACUCCUGUGAAUACCAACAUCUAAUGUGGUGUUGCUUGAUAUGCUUUUGUAAAAUACUCUACUUCAUUAUUUGUUUUCUAAACAAUUUUUAAACCAUUUUGAAUUAAUGAAUUAAUUUCCCUGUUGCCAUUGAU